AUGGUUCGCUUCUUUUCCUCGAAGAAGGCGGCUGACUCCAAGAGCCAGGCCUGCGAGGCCGUCCCCAAGGAAGUUGAAGAGUCUGUUCGAGCCCUCGAAGAUUUCGAAAUCGAGCUCGACUACAUCGCUGACGACUAUGUCGAGAUCAUCGACCAUGCCGCCCCCAAGCGCCCUCGUGCUGUCUGGAAGGAUACCAAAGAGGUUGACAACCAAGGCUUCAUCAUCGUCAUGAAGGACACUGAGGUCAAGGCCGUCAUGAAGCAUACCAAGGGAAAGGCUAAGCUCACUGGAGACAUCGUUGUCGUGGAGGGCUUCAAGGACCCUCGCCUCGAGCCGGGUGUUCUUGUCAGGAACCCCAACCACACUCCCCGCUCAGGAAACGUCAAGAAGUAG